UUGGUCAUAAAGUAUUAGUAUUAGUAUUAGUGUGAGUGAGAGUAUUGUGCUGUUAUAAUGACAGUCUGUCAGUUGCGGGGCAGUUUUCAGGGGCAGCGGGGGCUUUGCAUUAGCGGCUGUUAUCAAGCAUGUGACAGAUGUAUACUCUUGACUUCCUGUUGACUGGGGAACACAGAGGGGUUAGAUAGUCCUCAGCCUUCCCCCAUCGCUGUAACUACACCCUUCAGCCGAAAGCCUGGCCUGCAGAGAUACUCAGCUCCACACGCGUGUGUUUACUGUAGAGCGCAUCAGACGCCCGCAGCAUGAUGAACCAGCUCGACACACUCGGCUGUUCCUCCAAGUCGUUCAAGCUGUACUCCCCAAAGGAGCCCCCCAACGGAAGCGCUUUCCCCCCCUUCCACCCCGGCACCAUGCUGGACAGAGACGUGGGCCCGACGCCCAUGUAUCCCCCCACAUACCUGGAGCCAGGCAUUGGAAGACACACACCUUACGGGAAUCAGACAGACUACAGGAUAUUUGAACUCAAUAAACGGCUUCAGAACUGGACAGAGGAGUGUGAUAAUCUGUGGUGGGACUCUUUCACUACUGAAUUCUUUGAGGAUGAUGCUAUGCUCACCAUCACAUUUUGUCUGGAGGACGGUCCUAAACGAUACACGAUCGGCCGGACGCUGAUUCCUCGUUACUUUAGGAGUGUGUUUGAAGGCGGCGCCACUGAGCUCUACUACAUUCUCAAGCACCCUAAAGAGUCCUUCCACAGCAACUUUGUGUCUCUGGACUGUGAUCAGUGUACGAUGGUCACGCAGAACGGCAAACCCAUGUUCACACAGGUGUGUGUGGAGGGCCGUCUGUACUUGGAGUUCAUGUUCGAUGACAUGAUGAGAAUAAAGACGUGGCAUUUCAGCAUCCGGCAGCACAGGGAGCUCAUUCCCCGCAGCAUCCUGGCCAUGCAUGCUCAGGACCCGCAGAUGUUGGAUCAGCUGUCCAAAAACAUCACCAGAUGCGGCCUGUCAAACUCCACCCUCAACUACCUCCGAUUGUGUGUGAUCCUGGAGCCCAUGCAGGAGCUGAUGUCCAGACACAAGACGUACAGUCUGAGUCCCAGAGACUGUCUGAAGACGUGUCUGUUCCAGAAGUGGCAGAGGAUGGUGGCUCCUCCAGCUGAGCCGGCCAGACAGGCGCCGAGUAAGAGACGGAAGCGCAAGAUGUCGGGCGGCAGCAACAUGAGCGCCGGCGGCGGCUCCAAUAACAACAGCAACAGCAAGAAGAAGAGCCCAGCAAACAGUUUCCCGCUGUCCAGUCAGGUCCCAGACGUGAUGGUGGUGGGCGAGCCCACACUGAUGGGCGGUGAGUUCGGGGACGAGGACGAGCGUCUGAUCACGCGGCUGGAGAACACACAGUUCGACGCGGCUAACGGCAUCGACGACGAGGACAGCUUUAACAACUCGCCCGCGCUGGGAGCCAACAGCCCCUGGAACAACAAGCCUCCAUCCAGCCAGGAGGGCAAGAACGACAACCCCACCUCACAGGCGUCUCAGUGAGACUCGGGGCGGGGCCAGGGAGCGUCGGGCAUCCAAUGGGAAGAAAGAGGUACGGUCGACUCAUCUACCUGCAGUAGCUGGUCUUCCUGUCAGCAGAGGAAGUGAACCUGGAGGACCAGAGAUGAGCGUCACACCACAACAGAAACCGUUUACUCGACACAGGACAGUUUUUAUUCACACACUCGUGGUUUUGUUGGUGAUUUAUGAGGAGCCUGUAGAUAGUUCAUAUGUUUAAGUUAAGAUGAAGCAGAGAAAUCUGACCACGUAAAACGCCAACAAGACCAAGAAAUAUCCAGCUCCUGUUUCACUCACAAGAAAUGACAUUUUGCAUGAGGAAAAUAUGAUUU